AUGGCAACUACAGCAGCACUUCCCAAAACCCACCGAGCGCUUGUCCUUCAUUCCACUCGAGAUCCUUAUGAUAUCUCAGUAGUCACUCAGGGUACUCCUCAGCCAUGUCCCGGAAGUGCUGUGAUCCGUGUUCUGUCAGCUGGGGUUCUGACCUACGCAGACCGAGUGUACAGUGGCCAUAAGCCUUAUCCCUACCCUGAACCUUUCGUCAUAGGCUCUAGUGCCAUCGGCCGUGUUGCCGCUGUCGGGCCCGAUGCAACUUCUCUUAAGCCUGGACAGUUGGUCUUUUUCGACAGCUUUAUUCAGGCGCGAGAUAAUCCCAACUCCCUUAUCCUCCAUGGUCUCUCCGGGGGCUUUGAUACCGCGAGUAAUAAGCUCAUGGAGGGUGAGUGGCGAGACGGUACCUAUGCCGAGUACGCCAAAGUUCCUCUGGAGAACUGCUUCCCAUUGGACGAGAAUCGGCUCACAAACAACCGAGAUGAAGGGUGUCUCGGAUACUCAAUGGCAGAUUUGGCCUAUCUCUGGACUAUCUCGGUUCCAUUUGGAGGACUCCAAGAUAUAGCCAUCAGAUCUGGCGACAAUGUCAUCAUUAGCCCUGCUGCUGGGACUUUCGGAAGCGCUGCUGUUCUCGCUGCUCUUGCCAUGGGGGCUCAGGUUAUCGCCGUCGGUCGCAACCACGAAACUCUGACCAAGGUGAAGGCUUUGGACCCUGAACGAAUUCGAACAGUUCUGAACACCGGAAACAUCGAGAACGACGUUAAAGAGCUGACCAAGAAUGGUCCUGCGGAUGCUUUCUUCGACAUCUCUCCUGGCAAAGCUAUCACUAGCACUCAUUUCAAGAGUUGUAUUUUGUCGCUUCGUCGUGGUGGACGAGUCAGCUUGAUGGGUGCACAUGAAGAAUUGAAGUUGCCGACUCAGUUCAUCAUGCUCAAUGACAUCACGGUCAAGGGGAAGUGGAUGUACACCAAGGAUGAUAUGCGCAACAUGAUCAAGCUGCUGGAGGCAGGUUAUCUAAAGAUUGGUACGGUACAGACUGUUGGUGAUUUUCCCAUGGAGAAAUUUGCGGAGGCAUUCGAUACGGCAGCCAAAAUCAGUAGCCCUUUGUCGCAUGUCCUUAUUUCACCCUGA